AUGGGUGAUAGUGAUGAGGAUGAUGAAGAAGAAGAGGAUGAAGAGGAAGAUGGCAAAGAUGAGAAAGUAUACUCUGCGAGCAGUCAUGGUUCAGGUAAAGAUGAUGAUGACGAUGAUGCUCAGGGUGGUACUGGGUUGAAAGUUACUGAAGCUUUUGCUGAACAGAAUGUUGAUAAUUUGAUGAAUGAUUCUGUGAAUGAAGAAUCAGGGGGAGCUGAUAGACAGGGGGAGUCAGAUGAUGCAGAGAAUGUUCAACAAGCUGAGAAAUUGAUCUUGAGGUUAGAUACUUAUCGUGAAGAAGGAGAGCAUUUCCAUACUUACACGAUGGAAGCAAUUAAGGAAAUGACUCGUGUGAUGGAUCCUGAUUUUAAAUUCGACUUUGAAGAAGAAUUGAAUGCCUUUGACAUCAAUCAGCAGCGUGAUUACCAGUAUAAGUAUGUUGAAGAUGCUGACUUGUAUGAUAGAGUUGAAGUCGAAGACUGGACAGAUGAUGAAAGCAUUAAUGAAGAUACCUCACAGUUGCCAACGUUAAUGGAAUUCUUUACUGAGGAGAACCGUGAUGAGUUGCAAAGGAAAGUUGCUGAAAUUCUGAAAGACAAAAACUUUGACCGAACGCAAAAAGAUAUGGCAAAAGAAGAAAGAAAGAAAUGGUUUAAAGUUAGUCACGAGAGGAAGUUCAAACGGCCUUUGAAGUAUUAUCAACGUGAUAGAAGCGUAUCUCACGGUGACAUUAUCAGUUGGGGAUUCUUACCUCAAGUUAAUGCGUAUGCGAUAAGAAGAGAAUGUGGCGUGCAGUAUUUUACAUGA